AUGAUGUUUAGAAAUUGUAGAUGCGGUCAAGGUUGGGUCAAGGCGCGGCAGCACAACCGACCAGAACGGGGCUUGGCGCAUCACAAGUACAAACAAACGCCCCAAGCUCUUGAACCACGAUUUGGCCUGCUGCAACGACGAUGGCAGACUCAAUUUCAGAGUCUUCCAAUGCAACUCCACGCUCUCGUUCCUGCUCAGCGUGUUUCAGGCGACCCAGCAGCUAUACACCCAUUCCUCGCAGAAAUAGGGAAGGACCGACGCAAAUCGAGUGAGGGUGAGAUUGACACAGGGGCAGCAGCGUUGCAUUUGGCUGUCAGAUGUGCUUCAGUCCAAACCGUUUCCCUGCUUCUUUCUCAUCGAGCCAUAUCGCCCAACGGUGUCCAUCCCUCUGGUUCGGGCACCACACCUCUGCAUCUGGCGGCAUCACUUGGAAGAGUGGAUGUCGUGAACCUGUUAUUGGAGCAAGAAAAUAUCGACGAUAGCUUGAAGGACGCGCAAGGAAGGACAUGCCGUGAGGUCGCGAGAGGAAAAGAGGUAGUGCGGGCUAUCGAUGAACCACCCUCGCCCUCACUCCUCCAGCUGCUCGACUCUCCGCGGAUAUCUUUCGUCGACUUGUCUUAUCUAGACAACGACACGAGCACGUCUCUACUACACGAAGCCGCACGCCGGAAGGAUCUCCGCUUGAUUGAGCUAGCGGUGCGCGCUGGGGCCGAUGUGUUUAUCCGAAAUCGCAAGGGAAAGAUGGCGCAUGAGACGGCUGGAAAGGACGAUCGCGUCCGCGUGUUCUUACGACGAUUUGCAAACCAUGAUAAAACCCUGCUCCCCAAUCCCACACCACCAUCCGAGCCACCCGCUCUGAAAGGCUACCUGAACAAGUACACCAACGUCGCAAAAGGUUACAAUACACGCUGGUUCGUGUUAAAGGACGGUGUCUUAUCAUACUACCGACACCAAGAAGACGAAAGCAUCGCGAGCCGCGGCUCCAUCUCCAUGAAAACCGCCAUACUCAAACCCUCAGAACGCAACAAGUUCGAAGUCCACUCAACUCCUUCGCGAGGACAUCACCACCACUCAAAAUGGUACCUACGAGCCAACCACCCCGUCGAGGCACACCGGUGGACGGAGGCGAUUGGGAAAAGCAUCGAAUGGGCGAAACAGCAGGGGGAGAGGGGCGAACGGAGAAGGAAGAGCGCGGAGAGUGAUUCGAGUGUGGGGAUCAAGUCGACUUACUCCAAGGGCGGCGAGGAUGACGAGGGAGAAGACUUGUCUUCUGCUGCUGAAUCCGACGGUCAGCUACCGCCUCACGAGGCGAAUUUCGAACUGCAUGGAAAUGCUGUGGCAGCGCAGAUGGAGAUGUCCCUCAAACUCCUCUCAUCUUCCCCCCCUGCGGUCAAAGAGUCGUUUGGUGCAGUCAGCGAAAUGAUGACCGAGUUUUGUGCGAUGGCGAGGGAGAGGGAUGAGUGGUGGCGGAAGCAAUUGAGGAAGGAGCGGGCUCGGCAGGCGGUGUGGGAGGAGAGUCUUGCGAUGGUUGUUAAAGAGGGAGAGACGCUUGAGCAGGAGUUGAGGGUGAGGAGUCGGAAGCGGGGGAGUAGGGUCUUUGCUCCGUCUAUAGGAACGGUCAAGAGGCGGCCGUCGUUCUCGAGAAAUGGCCCCCUUUUGCUGGAAGAACCUGCGUCGCCUGUUACACCUCAACUUCCUGCUACACCUGCACGCACCCCGGUGGAACUUCCGGUGGCUUCGCCAAAAGUCCCGAUUGUAGUCGCGGAUGACUGUCUCAACGCGCUGGUCCAAGACGAAGCGGAUACAGACGAAGAAGACGAGUUUUUCGACGCCAUUGAAUCGAACAACCUACCCAACCUCGUCGUGCACGACGGUCUUGCAAGUCCCUCCACCUCAACCAUCCUAUCCAUGCCUAUCCCCGUGCAUAUCAAGAUGGAGCCGUAUGCGGGGUACGCGAAUUUGAGGACGAAGUUGACGUUGAGCGAUGAGAGGCCUAGUACGAGUUUGUGGAGUGUGUUGAAGCAUAGUAUUGGGAAGGAUUUGACGAAGAUUAGUUUUUAUGGCAACAGGGAUCAGCCAGCUUCAAUAUCACGGCUAAGACCGAUAUUUGUACACUGCCGAUUGAUAUGCCGAAGCUAA